CUGGAAAGAGAGAAAGAUUUAGAGAGAGAAAUUAUCUGGGACAAAUCCAAGAAAUUACACACACAUACAAAUACAAUACAACCUUUAGAAGACAUCGAUUCAAGUAAUUGGCGUGGUCGUUCGUUCUCCCAGAAAAUGAACGGCGGCCCUUCUGGUUUUAAUAAUGCGCCGGUGACGAGAACGAUUGUGAUUGUCAGUGCUCUUUUUACAAUCAUUUUUGGGAUCCAAGGUCGUUCUAGAAACCUCGGUUGGUCAUAUCAGGACAUCUUCAGAAAACUUCAAAUAUGGAAGCUCAUAGUUUCAGUUUUUGGAUUUUCAUCUACACCAGAACUUUUAUUUGGAAUAUAUCUUCUGUACUACUUCCGUGUAUUUGAGAGGCAGAUAGGUUCUAAUAAAUACACUGUUUUUAUCAUAUUCUCCAUAGCCAUCUCGGUACUGCUUGAAGUAUUUGCGCUAUUACUACUUAAAGAUCCCUCCUUGAAUAUACUGACAUCUGGACCCUACAGCCUUAUAUUUUCUUCGUUCGUACCCUUCUUUUUUGACAUUCCUGUUUCAACGCGGUUUCAUGUGCUUAACCUCAAAUUCUCCGACAAGACUUUUAUUUAUCUAGCCGGUCUUCAGCUAUUUUUGUCAUCUUGGAAAAGAUCCAUGGUGCCAGGGAUUUGUGGUAUUUUAGCAGGGUCCCUGUAUCGCAUGAAUAUUCUCCGUGUACGCAGGAUGAAGUUUCCUGAAGCUAUUGCUUCAUUCUUCUCAAGAUUGUCUUUGCCAUCAUCGAUGGGAAGUAGUACGCCAGCCACUGGAUCAUCUAGGAAUGUUGUAGGAAGCGCACCAACCUAUCCUGGUCGCCAGAUGGAGGGGAACUAUCCAGCUCCGACCCUGUCAACAUCGAUGGAACCACCAGAGGACUCCAUAGCCACACUGGUCUCAAUGGGCUUCGACAGGAACUCAGCAAGGCAAGCCCUCGUACGCGCCAGAAACGACGUUAAUGCUGCCACCAACAUCCUCCUCGAGUCUCAGGGGCAUUAAGCAAAUCAUCAAACUACGGUUUCGAAGAACCGGACAAGCAUUCCAUUCAAGGGUGACACACGCAGUUGCAUCAACAUGUUUCCACAAAGCAUUUUGCGGGUGGCAGGAGAAUUCUUAUCACUGUUAUAUUUUUCAAAACUAGACUUCUCUCACUAAGAAGGAAUCAGGAAAUUGAAUAGCUGUAAACAUGAUGCUAUGUGCAGUUUGUUUCUCAGUAGUAGUACAGUAGAUUCCCAAGUAAACUAAUGGAUCUCAUUAAAGUUAAAUUGACUUCGUUUCAA